AUGUACAACAGGCCUUUCAAUAUGCAAAGCGAGGAUGAAUUGGGUGAAAAAAUAUCGACAAGAGUGAUCAAUGAAUAUUCAAAGCUAAAAUCUAUCUGCAGGCCAGCGACUAGGCCUUCAGGUAUUAAAGAGUGGACAAUAUUGGCAGGUGUUGCAGCUAUUAACAAAGAUGGUGGUGCGAAUAAUAUAGAGGUGCUUUCUAUAGCUACUGGUGUGAAGGCUUUGCCAGAUUCAGAAUUACAAAGAAGUGGAGGGAGAAUUCUACAUGACUGUCAUGCGGAGAUACUGGCAUUAAGAGGUGCUAAUACAGUUUUACUUAAUCGUAUUAAAAACUAUAAUCCAUCAAAUGGUGACGACUUCAUUCAAAAUAAUGACGAACUACCUGCCAGAUUCAAGUUGAAAAAAAACUGGGAGUUGGCAUUAUACAUAUCGAGAUUGCCCUGUGGUGAUGCCAGUAUGAAUUUCCUAAAUGAUAAUUGCAAAAAUGAUGAUUUCGUCAAAAUAGAGGAUAACGACGCAUUCCAAUAUGUCGACCCCAGGGUGAAAACAAUAUUAAGGGGGCGUUUGAAUUUCAAUAGGAAAAAUGUCGUUAGGACUAAACCGGGAAGAUAUGAUUCAAAUAUCACUUUAUCUAAAUCCUGCUCUGAUAAAUUACUGAUAAAACGGCUAUCGUCGGUACUAAAUUCUUUAAACUAUGAACUCUUUGAAAAACCUGUAUUUUUGAAGUAUAUUGUGAUUCCUGGUUUAGAAGAUGAAACGAAAAGUUAUCUGAAGCAGUCUUUCCACUAUCGUCUGCCCAGUCCAGACCAUGAAAUUGAAUUCCUGGAUUGCCUCACACCUUUUUAUGAUGAUAAAAUGGAUGAGGAGGAUGUUCCUAGUCUGAUGUGUAGUGUUAAGCUCUUUAUGAAUGACUUUAGUAUUGAAGAAGCGAUUCUUAAUGGAGUGAGGAAUGGAUUUUAUACUAAAUCAUCCAAACCACUGAGAAAGCGUUGCCAAUCGCAAAUAAGCCGGUUUGCACAAUGGGAACUAUUCAAGCAAAUAAGACCAGAAUAUAAGGGCAUGAGCUAUUUGCAAUUUAAAUCUUGUCAAAAAAAGAGAACCCAAUUAAUUAUUGCAAUAAAGAACAUCUUAUCCCCCGAUGGUUGGAUACCCACCAGAACAGAUGAUGUGAAAUAA